AUGGCUCUUCCAUCAGCAAUCCCAGGGUUGUCCAAUUCAGUAUGGGAAGGUACUUGCUCUACCGAACAGCAACUCAGACAACCUUCUAAUAUGAACACUACUGCCAAUACUUUUACAACUGCAUCUCUCCCUAAUCAGAUAGUAUCCACUCCAAUACAUCCUCCGCCGUAUUGCCAUUCGGUUAAUGCUUCUCCUACCAGGGGUAUUGAGUUGUGGCCAUUCUCUCUAUCACCGCCUUAUAGUUCUGAUCCAUUGCCUGUUGAUGGAGCAACUCAGUCAGUAACCACGGCAGAUUCACCAAGUCAACAACAGCUUACUAAUGCUUCAUAUGCUGGACAGCUACUACAGCAUCGACAGUAUGAUUAUCAGUCACAACGCUCACACCACCGAAGAGUGCAGAGUCAUAUGAAUGAAUUGCGUAGACCAUCCUUGAUGCUGUUUAGACCGUUUGCUAUAGCUGCUCCACCCACGCUUAUUCAAGAAUCAAGCCCAACUCAUGAGAGAACCGAUAAUUGCUUUUCCAUGUCUACUAAUGAUUCUGCAUCAACUAGUUAUGCUACACAGUCGAUUUCUCCAGAGUCGCCAUUGUCUUCCAUAGCAGUAAUUCCAUCCAAUAGUCAAUCUGCAUCCAUGAGUUCAAUGCCAAGAUCUGUUACUCCAGUCCAAGAACCUUCACCACCUCGUCCUGUCUAUGAAAGUUCUCCCCUAGCAAACCCGAUCAUUAUAACUCCACCAUCAUCUGACUUGUCUUCUGCCCACUCAAUGACCUAUUCGCCUUAUGUGAUAGGUCCUGAAUAUGCAUUGCCUAUGGAGCAUAGUCAUGAUUAUGAUGAUAUUGCUGAGCUAUUACAAAGGGCCAACCUUCCUUUAGUAUCGCUUAAUGUCGAUAGGUCUGAUUUACCUCCUGCUUAUGCAUCCGCAGAUCCUCUUGCUCCACCACCUCACAUUGUCGCUACUCAUUCUUGGCACCAGGACAGUGUUUCAUAUAUUGCUGAGCAGUUGAAUACUUCCGAUAUGAUCGAUGUGUUAACCCACCUCGGUGUCAAUACCACCGUCCGUAAACUCUACUUGGCUGGAAACAAUGUUGCACUCACUGAUGAAGUCAUGCCUGUAUUGGCUCGCUCAAUGCGCACCAACACCACGCUAACCUAUUUGAACCUUGCUUCUUGUUCCAUUUCCCUACGUGGUGCUGCAAUUCUGGGCAUUGUUCUUCGAUCUAAUACUACUCUGGAAACCCUUCUAGUACAAGAUAAUGCUUUCCUGGAAUGUGGAAGUGCUGCCUUUGCUAAAACUCUAAGCGGUCCCAACAGAAAUGCUCAGAAUUCCACCCUCAAGUGUCUAAAUCUAUCUGGAAAUGCGAUCAUGGACAACGGACUUUCAUCUCUCUCAAACAGUCUGAUAAAAUCAUUGGUUGGCUUGCAAGAACUUCAUUUGACUUCAAAUGCAUUUACAGACGCCUCUGCGAUACAUCUAUCCCAUCUGGCUGCCUCGCAUCCUUCGUUAAAAAUACUCAAUCUGCAAGGAAAUCGAUUCUCAAGCACAACUGUGUUGGCAAUUGAUAAUGUAAUGCGAGAUUCAAUUGUUUUGGUAAAUCUGACCUAUAACCACCCUCCAAUCUCGCUCAAAUCCAAUGGAGUCAUCAACCGAUCCCGUAUCUGGUGGAAGCCUAAACAUGAGGUGCGACAGGUACUAAUGAACCAGCAGUCGUUAAAUAGUGGACAAGAACAGUUGCUUCCAUUGAUACGAACACUCACUUGGAGUUGACCUAUAUCGGAUUGAGCAAUGUUUGCUUUAUCUGCAAUACUAUCACACCUUUCAAGCCUUGCUAUAUUUGAAAUGGUUUGCCAUUCAGGAUUUUCCGACUAAUAGAAAGUGAUACUAUUGCCCAUUCACUCUACUCCUUUUUAUUUACCUAUGAUUUACCCUUUUAAAACUUCAUCUUUUACAUGCAUCAUUAUGCCACUUAUUCAUUUCUAUACGUUUAAAAUAUCAAGCCUUUUGAAAUCGGUAUCACAGUCAUGAUUGCUUAAAAUAUAAUACCUUUAUGUGUUUAUCUUGCAAUGACUGUUUUUUUGAUUCAGAAUAAACAAUAGUCAAAUACUCGUUCUAUUUUCCUACUACAAGUUGACUUUAAUGGAUGUUCUCGACUCUUCAAUAAACAACAUUUAUAUGAUACUUGC